AUGAAAGUCGUCGAAGACGUUAGUAAACUGAACUUUGGAAGGCCGUUUUUUGUUUGUUGCGACCGCGAGAAUCCACGUAAGUUCUGGCAGUGGGGUGAUAGACAAGAGUUUCCAAAACCGAAAUGCGGACACGAAUUGAAUGCUUGCGUACAGAAAGUCAAAAAGGAAGGAGAAAAUCAAGGCCGCCUUUUCUUCUGUUGUCCAAACGAUCGAGAAAAGUCGUGCGGAUUUUUUGAAUGGAAACUCGAGCUGGAAAACUCGUUCAACCAAAUCCAUUUUCCUCACGUUGAAAGAGUUGGUAUAUUGCAGAGUAAUCCAGCGCUGUACACGUACAUGGUAGCUGAAACUGGACUUACCUUUACUAGCGCACGGGAAAAUCCGCACGAUGCAUACGCUGAAUACAUGGGGGAAUUGCCAAUUUCCUCACAUACGAACGCUAUGGGGGAACUGUCACUGAUAGACUAUUAG